AUGAAAAGGGUACUGCUUCAUCUCCGUAAACACGGAUUAUACGCUAAACUGGAAAAAUGCGUAUUUGAAAUUGAAUCUGUAGAAUUUCUGGGCUACAUCAUCAUUCCUGGACAGAUCCGAAUGGAUCCCGGUAAAAUUACAACUAUUUUGGAAUGGACCGUACCUAAAGAUAAGAAAUCUGUACAACAUUUUCUAGGGUUUGCAAAUUUUUACAGACGCUUUAUCAGAGGUUUCUCCCAAAUAUGCUCUCCCAUAACCACUCUGACUAAGAAACAUAACAAAUUUCUAUGGAGAACUCAAGCUCAAGAGGCCUUCGAAAAACUAAAAAAAUGA